ACCCAUAGGCUCAAACAGGAGCCUGCAUCCUGACUGGUCCAGGAGGCGUGCAGGGCCGCUGGGCCCCUCCAGCGAGGGCCAGGCCGGUUGCCAAGGUGCCCGGGGAAGGGGUAAUCCAGCGCAGGCCGGGUACGUGGACCGCUCGGUACACUUCCACGGAGGGCGCAUCUGCCUCCCGAAGACCCCUUCCUUCCUCUCAACUCCAUUCUCUCACGCUCCUCUCUUCCGAGGAGCCUCCGCAUUCGCCUUCUACCCGUCCUAGCCCCAGCCCUUUCUUCACUCCUCCUGACCCUCCCCCGGCUUGCCCCUCCCCCGGCAGCCCACCUUCACCCCGCCGCUCCGCGGGCUCCUCGGUCCUCGCCCCUCAUCCCCGGCCUCCCCUCGCCCGGGGCCCCCGUGGCCCCUUGCCCGCCUUCCUCGAGGCGGCUGCGGCCCCUUUCACAAUAGCGCGGCCCGCCUCCCUCCUCUCCGCUCCCGGUUCGCUCCCGCCCGCUUCCCUCCCGGCGCAUGCGCCCUCCGGUCGGCGGCGGCUGCGGUUGUGGCGGCUCCGAGCGGCUCCGUUUUUUUUAAAGGGAAACGCUGAGGCGCCGGGGGUGACUGUGGGGGAGGGGGACCCCGAGCCCGGAGACCCGCGGGGGAGGCGACAGACCCCCUCCCGGAGUAGGAGGGCUUUGGGCGGACCCAUCCCUCCCACCCCCUCCUGAGGAGGAGGGGGGGGAAAAUGGAGGCUCGGGGCGGCUGAGGCGAGCUCCGGGGCGGGGGGCCGGGGCGGGGAAGGGGGUGUGUGGGGUGGGGAGACGAGGCGGGCCCGGCCGGGCCAGGGGGGGCCGAAGCGAGCUCCGGGGAUGAGCUCGGGGGCGGCUGGGUGCGAGCUCCUGCCUCUGAGGCGAAGGCGGCGGCGGCGGCAGCAGAGGCGGCGGCGAGGCCCCCAUGGGCCGGCGGCGGGCCUCAGCCGCGGCCUCCACUUCUCCGCACGCCGGCGGGAUGGCGCCCGGGCCCCGGAGGAGCCGCGCUAGCCAAGGCCUGCUGCCGCGCUGCUGAGGCGAGCCCGCCAAACUCCCCUCCCCCUCCUCCGUCCUCGACCCCCCGCACCUCACCCCUUCCCCACCCCCUCCUCCGUUUCGGUCCCCGGCGCUGCUCCGGACCACUAUGACCAUGAGAUCCGCAGUGUUCAAGGCGGCCGCGGCCCCUGCCGGCGGCAACCCUGAGCAGCGACUGGACUACGAGCGAGCUGCGGCGCUGGGCGGGCCCGAGGACGAGCCCGGGGCGGCCGAAGCCCACUUCCUCCCCCGGCACCGUAAGCUCAAGGAGCCGGGGCCUCCGCUGGCCUCCUCCCAGGGCGGGAGCCCUGCGCCCUCCCCGGCCGGCUGCGGCGGCAAGGGCCGGGGCUUGUUACUCCCGGCCGGGGCGGCCCCCGGGCAGCAGGAAGAGAGCUGGGGCGGCUCGGUGCCCUUGCCCUGUCCGCCCCCGGCCACCAAACAAGCUGGCAUUGGGGGGGAGCCAGCGGCAGCCGGAGCCGGCUGCAGUCCCCGACCCAAGUAUCAGGCGGUGCUGCCCAUUCAGACGGGCUCUCUCGUGGCGGCGGCCAAAGAGCCUACGCCCUGGGCUGGGGACAAGGGUGGGGCGGCUCCCCCAGGUGCCACCGCCUCGGACCCGGCGGGACCCCCACCACUACCUCUGCCCGGGCCGCCACCCCUCGCGCCCACCGCCGCCGCCGGAACCCUGGCGGCCAGCGAGGGCCGAUGGAAGAGUACGAGGAAGAGCCCUCUCGGGGGUGGCGGCGGCUCGGGAGCCUCCAGUCAGGCCGCCUGCCUCAAACAGAUCCUUCUGCUGCAAUUGGACCUCAUCGAACAGCAGCAGCAGCAGCUGCAGGCCAAGGAGAAGGAGAUCGAGGAGCUGAAGUCAGAGAGAGACACGCUCCUUGCUCGGAUUGAACGUAUGGAAAGGCGGAUGCAGCUGGUAAAGAAGGAUAACGAGAAGGAAAGGCACAAGCUGUUUCAGGGCUAUGAAACUGAAGAGAGAGAGGAAACGGAGAUAUCCGAGAAAAUUAAACUGGAGUGCCAGCCGGAGCUUUCCGAGACAUCCCAGACUCUGCCUCCCAAGCCUUUCUCCUGUGGGCGGAGUGGAAAGGGACACAAAAGGAAAUCCCCAUUUGGAAGUACAGAAAGAAAGAUUCCUGUUAAAAAGCUGGCUCCUGAAUUUUCAAAAGUCAAAACAAAAACUCCUAAGCACUCUCCUGUUAAAGAGGAACCCUGUGGUUCCUUAUCUGAAACUGUUUGUAAACGUGAAUUGAGGAGCCAGGAAACUCCAGAAAAGCCCCGGUCUUCAGUGGACACCCCGCCAAGACUCUCGACUCCCCAGAAGGGACCCAGCACCCAUCCCAAGGAGAAAGCCUUCUCAAGUGAGAUAGAAGAUUUGCCGUACCUUUCCACCACAGAAAUGUAUUUGUGUCGUUGGCACCAGCCUCCCCCAUCACCGUUACCAUUACGGGAAUCCUCUCCAAAGAAGGAGGAGACUGUAGCAAGGUGUCUGAUGCCAUCAAGUGUUGCAGGAGAAACUUCAGUCUUGGCUGUUCCUUCUUGGAGGGACCACUCAGUAGAGCCUCUAAGGGACCCAAAUCCUUCAGACCUUUUGGAGAACCUGGAUGACAGUGUGUUUUCGAAGCGGCAUGCAAAACUGGAGCUGGAUGAGAAGAGAAGGAAAAGAUGGGAUAUUCAGAGGAUCAGGGAACAAAGAAUUUUACAGCGACUGCAGCUCAGAAUGUAUAAAAAGAAAGGAAUUCAGGAAUCUGAGCCCGAGGUUACCUCAUUUUUCCCUGAGCCAGAUGAUGUUGAAAGUUUGAUGAUUACCCCCUUCUUGCCUGUUGUAGCAUUUGGACGACCAUUACCAAAACUAACUCCACAGAAUUUUGAGCUGCCCUGGUUGGAUGAGCGUAGCCGAUGCAGGUUGGAGAUCCAGAAGAAGCAAACACCUCAUCGGACAUGUAGGAAAUAGCUGUGCUGGCAAGAACCUUCUGUCUUCAGAUAGUUGUAGCAUGCCAUUCCCAGAGAGUGGCAGAGACCUGUAUAUGUGACCAAUGUCCUCAUGUAUGUUAUCAUUCGCUGGUAAUGCCCUUCCAUACUCCCCUGAUCUUGGUUUUGUUUUCAUCACUCUGAUUUCACAAAUACUCUUUCACUGGGCUAAUUGUGAAUUAUGGAGGGUGAUUGGGAUUUCUUUUCCCCUUUUGGGGAAAUGAACUCUCAAGCUAAAUCUAUAGGAUGGCAGAUUUGGAAGCUUCAGGGGUCUGCUUCUCUACAUUUGCCUAUGUUAAAAGGGUGAAAGGGCUCUCUUCAUUAGACUUUUGGAAGAUGAAGCAACCCCUGCCUUUAGAGCUGUGCCUGCAUGGCACUGUUCUUGCCCUGGUAUACCCUUCCUUAUAGUGUGAGCAUAGUGGUUUUUACCCUAAAACAAAACAAAACAAAAAACCUCACCAUGAGCUUAAGGACCAGAUGAGGAAUAACAAGUGACGUGAUAAAGCAAGUCAUCUUCACAGGGUAGAAAAGAGGUUGGAGUUGGUAGAUAAAUAUCUGAAAAGACAGUUCUCUUAAAACUAUCCUGUGAUAUAGCCAUGUGGGAAGGGAUGUUUGGCUGUGAUUAUUUUCUUAGUUAAUGGGUAACUGAAUUUCUUCCCCCACCCCUCAAAGAAUAAAAUCUUCUGAAAAGAGAAUGAGGAUGGUAAGUUUGGGACCAGUCAUGGCUCUAAACAAAAGCCGUUGGUGUUUGGGGAUGGCAUGCCAGAUCCUGUAUAGAUGUCUUUGUGUCACAUCACUUCUCCAGUAUUCCUUAGUUGGGUUUUAUCCUUUUAGCUGAGCUCUUGGUGGUGGGAUAGAGAUUUAGGGAGGGUGGGGGUGUGUGUGGAAAUAUGUGCUUCCUUUGGCUGGCAAAUGUCUACAUCUUGAAACAAACAGAUGUACCUAAUGAGCUUCUCCGUUCAUUUUGUAAAAAUAGAUUUGUAUGUGUACCAUCUUAGUUCCCCCCUCCCACCCACCUCCCACCCCACCCCCAUUUUGUUAAAAGAAUUUCAGGACAGCGCUCCAGGCCACUUUGGUCUCAGUGUAAGAUCCCUGUAACUAUCUGGAAGGAAAAUAGAGCCAAGACCUCUGGUCUUAAAUAUAUAGGAAUUGCCUUUCUUUAGUCUUCAGGACUAUUGUAUGAAAACAAGUAGGGGUCUAAUCUCCUAGAAGGUAGGGGCUUUUAUCCUUGAAGAGAAUAUGUCCCCAGAUUAUUAGCACUUUUAGAGGAGAAGCCAAGGUAUGUAGGAUGUGUGGCCGGCCCAUCAGUGGAGCAUGAGAGAAUGGGAUACCAUUGUGGGAAGGGAAGAAAAAAGUUCCUCAGGGGCCUCCCACUGCUAAAGCUUUUUGUGAGAUGUUGAUCUGUGCUCCCUGAGUUUGACUUUUAAAGGAAUUACUCUGGCAGCACAUGUAGUAUUCUUGGAUGAUCUUGCUGCUCUUAUUUCUCCUUUGUGUGUGUGUGUGUGUGUGUGUGUGGCUAUGGGUUUUCAUUUGUAACUCCAUCUGCUUAGGAGAGUGGGCUCUCCACAAGGGAACCUGCUGUGAACUUCAUUGCAGCAAGAAUGUAGAGAGAAAUAGGACUUAUUCCACUAGGGGCUCUCAUCUCACACCUUAAGGAGAGGAAGGAGAUUUCUAGAAAAACUGGGCCAGAUUUUCUUUGUUCUCCAUCAUUUUAAUAUGGCAAGCUGUUUGGCUUUCCUACUCUGACCUAUGUUAUGUUCCUUUAUAAUGUGCCCAAGAAGAAAAAGACCAGUCAGUGUCUCUUUUAUUCCUUGAUUCCUCUCAGUUUCUUCUUGAUUUUCAGCAUUUGUCAGACUCCUAAUUUGGGUAUGCAUUAGCAAACUUAGCCUUUAUGUUUGUGCCUAUCCAGCAGACUCCCCAGAUUUUGAACUUGAGUUAGACUAAGAGGAAUCCAUGGGUGCUAUCUGGCCAGUCUUAAGUGGAUUCUAUUUCCUUGGUUCUCCCUCUACCUAGGACCUCUUAUUUUAUUGUCCCCUCUUCUAGAUCAAUUCUCCUUUGAUUUGGAUAUGUUGAAGUUUUGUUGAGAAGGAGGUUGGAGAGUAGAUUAGCAAAGUUCCAAGAGCAAAAUUACAGUGUGUUGAAGUGUGGGGGGAAAAUUAGUCUUAUUUUUUCCCUACAUGGGAUACAACACUGAAAUUCAAUCUUCAACUGAAGGACCUGCAGUUCUCCUAAAACACAGUUCUUUGUUUCUUUCCUUAACAAAGUUUAAGCUAGUGUUAAUAAAUUAAAAAGAGAAAUUGCUUGUCUGUCCACUUCAGCUUUGUUUUAUGCCCGUUUCAUAUUGUUGUCUGUGUUGUAAUUCAUACUUUUGAUACCAUUUCUGAUGUGUAAAAUUGGUUGUCUUGUAAAUAUCUUAUAAAGAGUUCAAUUGUAAAUAAACUAUUGUGGCUGUUAAUUUUGAA